ACAAAUGGCAGCACCACGUGUUCAGGGAGAGUAGAGCUUCUUCACGGAGGCACGUGGGGAACCCUGUGUGACUACCUGUGGGAUUUACCAGCUGCCAACACCCUCUGCCAGCAACUGGACUGUGGAGUUGCCCUACUGAUACCGGGUGGACAGGCCUUCGGAAAAGGAAAUGGAUCUGUCUGGAACGGCACCUUCAGCUGCGAGAAGAAUGGCUCACGCCUGAGAGACUGUCCCAUGAGUGUGCUGAGCCACGAUGAAUGCCCUGCUGGAAAAGAUGCUCGUGUGAUAUGUUCAGGGUGCCCAGGGGGCAGGUUGGUGAAUGGCACCACGUGCUCUGGCAGAGUGGAGAUCCGCCACGGAGACACGUGGGGAAGACUCUGCCGCUCCCGCUGGAAUUUGCAAGCUGCCAGUGUCCUCUGCCACCAGCUGAACUGUGGCUACGCGAAGUCCAUAGAGACAGGAGAGCGUUUUGUGGACAGCCAUGGGCCUGUGUGGAGGGAUGCUUUCCACUGCGAAGGGACGGAGUCCUGCCUGUGGGACUGUGCUCAAGUGACUUUGGGCAAUCCAAGCUGUUCAGCCGGAGAAGCAGCCACUGUUAUCUGCUCAGGUCUUGCUGAAUCACUCAGACUCUCAGGUGGCGAGAGCCGCUGUGAUGGGCGAGUUGAGAUCUCACUCCAUGGCACGUGGAGCAGAGUCCUGGAUGAUGACUGGGACAUUAAGGAUGCUCAUGUGGUGUGCAGACAGCUCCAGUGUGGAACUGCCAAGAAGGCCUAUUACCUUCCAAGGUCUGAGCGAGGUGUGGGUCUUGUUGGCUUAAGAAGCGUCCAGUGUGCUGGAAGUGAGACUCAGCUGAUGCUCUGCAAGACCUCUCAUGCUCAGACAGGGUCCAUGGGAGUUGCUGAAGACGUCGGUGUGGUUUGCUCAGGUAGCAGACAGAUCAGGCUGGUGAACGGAACAAACCGCUGUGCUGGGAGAGUAGAGCUCUAUCACGAUGGCAUCUGGGGCACCAUCUGUGACGAUAACUGGGAUCUGUCGGAUGCUAACGUUGUUUGCCAACAGCUGGGAUGUGGACAUGCCAUCGAGGCGUUUGUCUCAGCUCAUUAUGGAGAAGGCUCCGGACAGAUCUGGCUGGAUGAUGUGAACUGCACUGGGGCUGAAUCUGAUCUCUGGGCAUGUCCCUCUAGGGCAUGGGGCCAGCAUAACUGCCAACACAAAGAGGAUGCUGGAGUCCUGUGCUCAGAGUUCCUGGCUCUGAGGCUGGUGAAUGGCAAUGACUGUGCUGGACGCCUAGAAGUUUUCUACAACGGGACAUGGGGGAGUGUUUGCUCCAACCAUAUGUCUCAACUCACUGCCAUAACUGUGUGCAAACACCUGAACUGCGGAGAAGGUGGGGAAAUCGCAACAGACUUCAAGUACGGCAGAGGCUCUGGGCCCACGUGGCUGGACCACAUCGAGUGCACUGAGCAACACAGCUUGCUCUGGCAGUGCCAGUCAGACCCCUGGGAUCCUCAGUCAUGUGAUAACCGAGCAGAAGAGACCCAUAUUUCUUGCACUGACAGGGAGAAGUUACGAGUCAUAGGAGGAGAGGAUGAGUGUUCUGGCAGAGUGGAGAUUUGGCACCAAGGCUCUUGGGGAACAGUCUGUGACGAUUCCUGGGACGUGGCAGAUGCUGAUGUUGUAUGCAGGCAGCUGGGUUGUGGAUCUGCUGUGUCUGCUCUGAGUGAAGCUGCCUUUGGGGAAGGGGCUGGGCCCAUCUGGUUGGAGAAGGUGCACUGUAAAGGAACAGAGCUGUCUCUUUGGGACUGUCCUGCCAAGCCCUUGUUCGGCAAAAACUGUGAUCAUAAGGAAGAUGCUGCUGUGAAUUGCUCCGGUAUGACAGAAGCAACAGCAUCACCCACACGAGCAGAUCCUCCCCGCCGCCCUGCGACGGACACUACGAGAAUUUCAGUGCCUGUCAUCCUCUGCAUCAUCCUGGGGGCCCUUCUCUGCCUGGUCCUUGCCAUUCUUGCUGGACAGAUCCGAAGUGCCAGGGCACAGCAGAGAGGCUCCAGACUGUCGUAUGACCUCUUCUCUGAGGCCGUCUAUGAAGAGAUCGACUACAACCUGAUACGGGAAAAGCAGGGCAUGGCCGGCCUCCCAG